CCAAAAAGUUUGGGCAUUCGUUAUCAUAGUGGUCCUAAUCGGCACAACUUUUCGGAAACCCUACCAGACUAUUUUGUCCGUCCAGUGCUCGAUAAACUGCAAGAAGUGGAUAUGUAUCAAAUCAUGCCGGUUUCUCCACAGCAGGAAUAUCCGGUAGCUCAACACGUUUACCAUGAUCUCCCUGUGCAACCAGAAAUGCCGCCUAAGACCGAUGUGAUAACACUUCGCAAACCUGGUAUCCAUCAUGACAACACCACACGUACCGGCAUUCACUACCGUCGCGGUCCAUACCGGCACGACUAUUCGGAAGCCGCGCAACCGAAAUCCGUCAAAACGAACCUUACCGAUGUCAUUCCGUCAUUGGUCAAACCUGGUAAAAAGAGACGUCUACAUUAUGGAGAAGCUUACGCUAAACUGCUUCCAAAAGGAAUCCAGUACGACAACGGCACGCAGCGUUAUAACACUUCGGACACAACGGCGCAAACUGUUAAAGAGGCCGUCGCUUAUACGGAAACUCAGCCAGCUCCGAGCCUACCUUACCAACCCGGACCGGUAGUGCCUGCCAUAUGGCCGGCAAAGUCUUCUAAAAUUGUUCACUACGAUAACGGAUCCAGUGUGGAAGAAGAUUAUACACCGAUCGUUAAAGCGACUCCUUACACGCCGCGCACAGCUGACUACUUCUCCUAUAUGACCGGAUCCCCACAAGGCAAAGGAAUCAGAUUUGAUGACAAGAAAGGAAUUAAAUACGAUUCUGGACGAUACCGGACAAAUUACUCCGAAGCCGAUGUGUUUGUGUCACCCUACACCCUUCCCGCACAGUUCAUCCCGACCGUGUCUCAGCAAAAACGGGAUGGAUCUGCCGAUCAGAUGUUCUUCCCGGUCACACGACCGUAUGUUCCGCAAGUGCAUUUCGAGAAUGAGACAUCAGUUGACGAGGUCACACCGGCAACACGAACCACAAUCAGUUAUGGUACGUCGCGAAGAAUGAGGUACGAUGAUAAAGAUCGACCGAAUGAGGAUUUGAGUGAGCCGUCAGCAGCAACUACUAUUCAACGAACUGUGCCACCCAGUUUCAUUCCCAAAGUGCGCUACAAUUACACCUCAAUGAUCAACGAAACACGGGAGUCCGUCUAUCCACAAGUAAAGCCCGGGAUCCGAUUCGAUAAUUAUUCCAAAGUGGAAGAAGAAGAACGAGAUGAUCGCGCUUCAACCUUAAUCGUUCCACUGAUUGCCACAAAACAAGGGUCAUUGAGAAAGGUGCGCUUUAACGGUACCACAGGAAUCACCAAGAUGUUGAGCGGAAAGCGUUAUCAGAAUAAGGCAGACAGAACAGCGGUAUACUCCGAAGCGACAGCCCCUAACCGACGUCAUCAGCGCCUGAAAUACGACAAUAUCAGUACUCCAGAAAUGCGGAUUGUCCAGAAACCGCAGCAGCUCAUCAAACCCGUUCAUUUCGAUAACGAAACAUCAGAGGACAAGGAUAUCGUCACAUAUACUAAAGUUCCUACUUCGGCACUUCGCGGUCUGCACUACAAUUCCUCCGACCCGCAAGAUGCGUAUGGCAUCACCACGCUGGGCGUUGAAAGCUCUCAGAUAGCUCCGAUCGUCGUUCGAAAGUUCCGUCAAAACGACACAACCAGCGUCGACAAAUCAGCGCAGAUUAAGUUUAGACUCAAGUACAACGAAACGACCAUGGAUGACCAGGACAUACCAGAAUCCACUCGCUCGGUUUAUCAACCGCGACAGAAGCUGAUGUCCAUUCGGAUGCGAUACGAGAACGAUUCGGCGGAUGUAUCAGAUGUCGAACCGAUCCGGUUGGUUCGUUUGACAACACAAGCCAAUCAGACACUGGGCCAAGCAUCGCCCACUUGGAUCUUCCUCAACGGUACUAUUCCCGGUAAUCUGCGAAGUGUCGGGGCACCUGUGACCUUUGUGGAGAAACCUAUGGGACGUCCAAAGAUCUUACCGGUUCGCCUAAAAGAAAACGUCUCCGAAGUCGAUAAUCAUUACGAAGAACGACAGUUACUACAAAGCUCAUACCAGAAUACCAGUCAAUCUGACACAGCUUAUAACGCCGGUACCAGACUGAAUUAUGACAAUGCCACUGGAAUCGACCGACUCAAAUACGAGGAGUACGAGUCUACAACAGUAAUGAAGGUUUUGAUGCCAUCAACGUCUACCAUGAUGUCGGUGGGGAUGGAUAACUCUACCCGUGGAAUCCAUUUUGGUUCCGACUACAUCGAUGAAGAAGAGCCGCGAAUAGUGUAUCAACAGAUAGUACAGCCGACGAUGGCUGUCAAAGGUCAGCCUGGCAUAGGAAUUGAAGAUUUGGACCUUGGGGAUGAUGCCAUGGAAGAACCGUACAUGAAGCAAUAUUUCGUGCCAAUGCCUUCGCAACCGGUUCUGCCCGCUCCUUCGCAAGCGCCUCCUCAGCCCAUGCCCCAAAUCGAAAUGGAACCAUUACAUCACGAAAGCAUUCAGCUGAAACACGUUGAGAAGGAUCCAGCCUACACCGGGUACGUGCCGCCAUCCGAAGCCCCAGUGCACCCAACCCCGGUGGCGGACGUCUAUCCAUCUCCUACCAUUGCCGACAUCUCUCUUCCUGUGGUUCCGGUAUCACCAGUGCAAGGUUACAAACCCGAGAUGCCGUUACGAAACCUUCUUGGCUGGGAGCGCAGCGCAUCAGGGCGAUCUUUCGUCCGGCGGUAUAACGGAAGCACCAUCGAUGAACUGUAUGCGCAGCCAACAGUACAGAUGCGUCCAUCGGCACCGGUAUCACAAAUGGUGCCGCAGCCAAUGCAGUAUUUAACGGGCUGGGAAAGGGCAGCAGCCAAUCAAGCCUUUGAUGAGCGUUACAAUACAACUGCCAUGCCUGGUCCUGAUGCUGCAGUACAGUUGCACCCAUCGGCUCCGGUUCAACCAAUUUUACCACAGCCAGUGUGGCAUUUAACGGGCUGGGAAAGAGCGGUCGCCAAUCAAGUAUUCGAUGAGCGUUACAAUACCACCGUCUUGCCUGUUUCUAAAGGCCAAUUCCCCGGUUCGAUUGCGAUUCCCCAGCAUUAUAACAGUACCACCAUCUACCAACCGCCUGCAGUAUCGGCUCCGAUUCAACCAAUGGUGCCGCAGUCAGUGCAGUAUUUGACCGGCUGGGAAAGGGCGGCAGCUAAUCAAGCAUUUGAUGAGCGUUACAAUGCAACCGCCCUGCGUGGUCCUGAUGCUACAGUCCAACUGCGCCCCUCGACUCCGCUUCAGCCAAUGGUGCCACAGCCAAUACGGUAUUUGACCGGUUGGGAAAGAGCGGCCGCCAACCAAGUAUUCGAUGAGCGUUACAAUACAACCGUCUUGCCUGUUUCUGAAGGCCAGUUCCCCGGUUCGAUUGCGAUUCCCCAGCAAUAUAACAGAACCACCAUCUAUCAACCGCCUACAGUAUCGGCUCCGAUUCAACCAAUGGUGCCGCAGUCAGUGCAGUAUUUGACCGGCUGGGAAAGGGCGGCAGCUAAUCAAGCAUUUGAUGAGCGUUACAAUGCAACCGCCCUGCGUGGUCCUGAUGGCCACUUACCCGGUGCAGUCAUAAUUCCUCGGCAUUAUGACGGCACUAUACAUGACGUGCAGCCUACAGUAUCGGUUCCGGUACCACCAGUGAUGCCGCAGCCAGUACAAUAUUUAACUGGCUGGGAAAGAGCUGCACCCAAUCAGGCUUAUGAUGAGCGUUACAAUACAACCGCCUUGCCUAUUUCUGAUGGCCAUUCCCCCGGUAUGAUCACAAUUCCCCAUCAUUAUAACAGAAGCGUCUUUGGACCGGACGCACAGCCUGCAGUACAGCUGCGUCCUUUGGCUCCGGAGCGUGGAACAGCACCACAGCCUAUGCCAUCUUUAACUGGCUGGGAAAGAGCGGCAGCCAAUCAAGCCUUUGAUGAGCGAUACAACGCAAGCGCCUUGCCCCUUCCUGACCGCCAGUUCCCUGGUUUUGUCGCACCCGUGAUGAAUGUCGUGCCUCUGGUUCCUUCGAAAACACCAUUCGCUGGUCGACUGGACGCUGGCUGGGACACGGACCAUCCAAUGUUCCCCGAACGAUACAACUUAACCAUAGACGAUUAUUCCGACAUAUCGGUAGUGCCGGCAUUCAGUGUUCCAGUUCCGGCAAGUCAAACAAGCUACCAGCCAAGGUUCAACGGAUCACUGAGUGAGAUUCCCAUUUACCAGAUCCCGGUGGACACAGAAGUACAGCGACAUACAGUCGAUGUUGCAGCAGUUCCCGAUGUUGUUCAGCCUGAGCCGGUCGAACUGCGUUCUCCAAGCAACGUCGCGGACAGACCCCCGAACAGCCAGUCGGCUAUCCAUCAAUGCCUCGACCACAGUCCACUCCAGUCUGGUUAAUGGCAGGGCCGGCUUCCGGGCGCAGCCCACCUCUGCCAAGGCUACGCUUAGCUCCUCUCCCUUCCGCCGGGCGACGCGAUGAGUACACGGAUUCGGCGCGCGCAUUCAAGAAACGCCACAAUGAAUCGCUCA